CCUAAAAAUACGCUGAACUCACAUCCGGGUUCUUAUGGCUCACAGUAAAUGAUUUUCACGAUCAUUUAUGCUUGAGCUUGCCUUGAUGAAAAUGGACUGGAAAGAAGGUGAUGAUAUAGCCAAAUGCAGCAGCAAGCCAGCAACAGCAGAGAGCUCGUGAGCGCGCCCAGACGGUGAUGACGUCUGCGACUGCUCUGACUGCAGCGCCAGCUGCCGCCAGAAUAAAAUGCAACUCUCAUGGUCACAUGGGUGAUAGCUGCCAUGGACAUGGUGGUGGCCACUCCCACGGCCAUGGAGGACAUGGAUUUGGUGCUUUUUUGCCUGGUUUCAAAAGUCCACUUGUUGAAAGACCUCCUGAUUCAACACAGCAGCCGACAAAGUUCUCACACCCUGAGGACAGCAGUUCAUGGGAUAUUGUAAAGGCAACACAGUUUGGCGCUCUUGAGAGAUGUAAAGAACUAAUAGAAUCUGGUUAUGAUGUCCGGCAACCUGACAAAGAGAAUGUUACUCUGCUCCACUGGGCCGCCAUCAAUAAUCGAGCAGAUAUUGUCAAAUACUAUAUAUCUAAAGGUGCCAUUGUGGACCAACUAGGUGGUGACCUGAAUUCUACUCCUUUGCAUUGGGCGAUACGACAGGGUCAUUUAUCUAUGGUCAUUCAGCUCAUGCGUUAUGGAGCUGACCCAUCAGUAGCAGAUGGAGAGGGGUAUCGUGGUCUUCAUCUGGCAGUUCUCUUCCAACAUUUGCCCAUUGCUGCAUACUUGAUGGCCAAAGGACAGGAAGUGGAUUCCCUGGACAUAAAUGGACAGACCUCUUUGAUGUUAGCGGCACAAAAAAUCAUUGGACCUGAGCCCACAAACUUCCUGCUGAAGUGCAAUGCUUCAGUGAAUGCAGUGGAUAAAGUGAACAGAAACUCUCCUCUGCAUUGUGCUGUGCUGGCCGGCAAUGUAGAUGCUGCCCACAUCCUGUUGGAGGUUGGAGCCAGUGUUGACCUGGAGAAUGCCAAUGGUCAUACUGCUAUUGACUUGGCACACCAGGUGCGCAGUCCUCUGCUCAUUCACAUGCUUAACGUGGUGAAGACUGAGAGAAUCAAGGCCAACUCAAUGUGCUUGAAAGUUCUUAAUAAAUACAAGGUUUAUCUACACUGUAUAUUUAGUGUUUUUGUGGUUGGAGCCUUUGGUGCCAUAUUAGACAUGAGAACAGAGUCUUGGUUAUUGAAGGGGGUGCUGCUUGCCUGCAUUAUGGCUAUGAUCAAUCUCACUUCAAGGCAGUUGGGGAGUAUGGCAGUACAAUCUUUGAUUCCCUCGACAGGUCUCAUGGCUUCUGUAUUUUGGAUGGUGGUCACCUGGGGCUUAUGGUUUCUGCCUGAUAUCCACAGUGCAACAGUUCAGAUGCUAUUCACUCUAAACUUCACAAGCUUGCUGUAUUACUAUGUUCGCUCCUGCAGGACAGACCCAGGGAUUGUCAAAGCAACCGAGGAAGAGAAAAAAAAGAAUAUUGUGGUUUUGGCAGAGGCAGGCUGUCUGGAUCCAAGGAUAUUUUGUACUUCAUGUAUGAUGACGAAGCCAAUGAGAGCCAGUCAUUGCUUUUCUUGUAACACCUGUGUUGCUAAACAGGACCACCACUCAAUUUGGAUCAAUGGCUGCAUAGGGGCCAGAAAUCACACGUUCUUUGUGCUUUUCCUAGCAGCUCUGAACUUUCUCUGCAUUUGGAUGUUCUACGGCAGUAUCAUGUACUGGUCCAAACACUGCCCUCUGCAUUAUGCAGAGGAGGGUGCAUGGGGGACAAUAACUGCGCUGAUGAGUUGCUCUGCCUGGGUGCUCUACGUCUUCUUUAUUGUUUUCUUCAAUUCAGCCUGGGCCUCCAUCCUACUGGUGUUGCAGCUCUACCAGAUUGCAUUUCUGGGUCUGACAACCGCAGAGAGAACAAACCUGUUGCACAGACAGAGGAAACUCCCUCAGGCCUCGCUCAGACAAAAUCCAUUCAAUCUUGGAGUAAUUAGAAACCUGGUGAACUUCUUCCAGUGUCGAUGCUGUGGUCUUUGUAAGCCAGUGGUGCUGGACUGGACUCAGCAGUAUCCAAUGGGUCUCAGCAGAGAGCAUCCCAUGUUCAGUGGUCCAGACGCUGUCUAACGCCCAUUGACAAGUGACUCACUCAGGGAGAGCAGUGUCUCCUCUCGGACAAUAGAACUUCCAUGACAUGGCUACAUUAUGCUAUAAUAAAGGUUGUUAAUUUGUAUGUGUAACGGAAAAUUUUAAAGUUAAAUAUUUUGUAAGGUACUUAAACGGGUAACCUCUUACUGAAAAUAAUGUCUUUUUUUAAGGUGUUUUCUAAAUCAGAGCAGUUUCGUUUUCCUACAAAUCUUCACCAGAAAUUGCUAUCAAAUGAAAUGCUGAGGUACAAAAUCUUGUUGACGAUAUACCAUCUGUGGAAAAAAAUACAUUUCUUCUUUUUUUUGAGAAAUGUACAUAUAGAUCAUAGGCGGAGCUCUAAAACAUUACUUUAUAAGAUAUUUUGUAAAAAAAAAAAAAUCAUUAAUCAUAUCAUAAUAUUUGUAUUUAUCAAAACUUUGCACUUGUUAAAGUUACUUUUUAUGCUGCCUUCCAAUCACGAUGGAGCAGAGGUAUCUAGAGCGCUCUUCUUUUAAACAAUGCCUGGCAUGUGCAGCUGCCUUAAAACCUUUGGUGGAGUCCUUGAUUUUACCCCAAGAUUGUAUAAAUUAAUCACCAAUGUACUGUUCACUGCAUAUUAAUUUUCCUUCUUGUUUUUUACUUGUAUUAAUUAGCCAAUAAAUUGUUGCGUUUAAGAAGUUAAUAAAAUGCUCUAAAAUUAA